CAUAAAUGCCUAUAAAACCUCUUCAUAUAAUGAAACCGAACCCGGUUACAAAAUUAACCAAAUAUUAACUUAUUUGGAUGGAACUUUGAUUGUUUUCUUGACCAAACCAAUAAAUGAAACAUGUAACGAACCUAGGAUUGAUUUGCGAGUUAUACAUUCAAAUGGCACAGUUGAUAAAGUAAAGGUGGAACACUCGAUACCGGAUUUUAAUUUUUGUCUUGUACCAGACGAUAUAUCUUUACAUAUUAAGCUUAUUCGCAAUAUACCGGAUUCUAUCUACGUGUUAUAUGAAAACUCCUCCGAUAUAAAUUCGGCAAGUUAUUAUGUGUCACUUUUCACACGCACUGGAAAAAUCAUUAGCAAUACAUUUCUCUCACGGGUGUCCGUCAUUGAUGGAACAUUGUCUUCCUCCGGGGUUAUGUAUUCUCACGAUAACGAAGCAAGUGGCUUUAUUUUCUGGAAUUAUUUAAAUGAAACUUUUGUGGAUUGGAUUUACUUUAGUAAACCUGAUUUCGGUGGAAAUUUUCAUCCAAUAAAUAAUGGUCACCUUAAAAUUCAAAAUGCUUCAUUAGAUUCCUUUACUAUAUUUUCCACAAUCGAUGGAGCCUUUGCUAUAGUGAUUAGUCGUACAAAUUUUUUAAGUCAACCUCUUGAUGAAUCAAUUAAUCCGGUCAGACCAACAUUUCGUCUUUAUGUAACUUUCAUUAAUCCCGAUAAAACUGUUGAUGGACCUUUCUUGCUUUAUCAAUCCGCAAUACCGAAUUUACAAGUUAUGUUUCAAUGUAGUAAAACAUAUACUACAUUAGGUAAUUCUUGCAUUUUGAAUAUGAAAAGGGAUGAAGAAUAUAAAUUGAUUCGAAUAAAAUUCCAGAAUACAGGUUCUGUUGUUGGUAUCGAUAAAUUUUCUGAUUUUGAAAUGUAUAAAGAUUUAAGAGAGACUACAAAAUUUAGAAAUUUGUUUUAUGGAGGGUUCUUAGUACUAUUUUUCAAUGAUUCGGAAGAUACUCUUUAUAAAACAUUUCAAUCUAUCAUUCUUGAUGACGAAAGAAAUUAUUAUAGCACUUUGGAGUUUCCAAAUAAUUUAAAAAUUUCUAAUCAUGCGAUGGGAGAUUUUCGAAACAACACUUUUGUUAUCGCUUACCAAGAUGAUGAAUAUACUUGGAAAGUUUAUUCAGAAGAUUUACCAAGGUUCUUUGAUGAUAAUGGAUACAAUAACAUAAAUGUUAAUACCACAUAUCCAUUAAUUAAUUCAAAGAUACCAUUAUCAACGACGAGUAUUAACAUUACAUAUAACUUUCCAAUAAUAAUAUCAACGAAUAACAUCUCUAUUUAUCAAGAUGGUAGUGGCGGAAAGCCUAUAUUGCGACAAUCGAUUCCAGGAAAUGCUCCAACAUCAUUUGUAUAUAGUGCGGAUAAUCAAUCAUUAAUUUUAAAUGUUUUAGAGAGCACAUUCAAUCAACCGAAUGGUAAUUAUUACAUUGUAAUUGACGAUAAUGCUGUAAAAGAUUUUAAAACGGAACAACCUUUAAUGGGUAUUCAAACUCAUACUUGGAAGUUUAAUACCAGUAAGUAA